GGAGGGAGGAUCCCGGGGUUUGGGAGACUUGGGCGUUAGGGGGUGACUGGACCCAGGCCCUCUGGCUGGUAGGGAUGCCCGGGAGUCCCAGGGAUGUCUGGCAGCAGGAGUCUCGGGGCUCUUGCGGGAUGAUGCUAAGACGCUCUACUGCCCAGGGAGUGGUCAGGGGGCUGCAGGAGGGCUGGGAGUACCCUCAGGAGGUCUGUGGCAGAGGGGGCCAGCUACCAGGCCCAAGGGUGGCUAUGGGUCCCCCAGGACGACAGGCCUUGCUGUGUCCUCCCCCAGAGCUGCCCUGUCCAGACCAUGGACCCUGAGGUGUCCCUGCUGCUGCAGUGUCCCCCUGGGGGGCUGCCCGAGGAGCAAGUCGGGGCUGAGUUGAGCCCAGCCUAUGACCGUCGGCCACUGCCAGGAGGGGACAAGGCCAUCGCUGCCGCCUGGGAGAGCCGGCUACAGGCCCAGCCCUGGCUCUUUGACGCCCCCAAGUUCCGCCUGCAUUCCGCCACCCUGGCGCCCGUUGGCUCUCCGGGGCCACAGCUGCUCCUGCGCCUGGGCCUUACUUCCUACCGAGACUUCCUGGGCACCAACUGGGCCAGCUCAGCUGCCUGGCUGCGACAGCAGGGGGCCACCGACUGGGGUGACAAGCAAGCCUACCUGGCGGACCCGCUGGGGGUGGGCGCUGCACUGGCCACCGCUGACGACUUCCUUGUCUUCCUGCGCCGCUCUCAGCGGGUGGCCGAGGCACCUGGGCUGGUGGAUGUGCCCGGUGGGCACCCUGAGCCUCAGGCCCUGUGCCCUGGUGACAGCCCCCUGCACACGGACCUCCCUGGGGAGCUGGUGGUGCAUGAGCUCUUCUCCAGUGUCCUCCAGGAGAUCUGCGAUGAGGUGAACCUGCCGCUGCUCACCCUGAGCCAGCCGCUGCUAUUGGGCAUCGCCUGCAAUGAGACCAGUGCCGGUCGUGCCAGUGCCGAGUUCUACGUCCAGUGCAGCCUGACUUCUGAGCAGGUGAGGGAGCACUACACGAGUGGGGGACCUGAGGCCCACGAGUCCACGGGAAUCAUCUUUGUGGAGACACAGAGCGUGCGGAGGUUGCAGGAGACAGAAAUGUGGGCUGAGCUCUGCCCCUCGGCCAAAGGCGCCAUCUUCCUCUACAACCGGGUCCAGGGAAGUCCCACCUGAGUCAUCUUAGGGUCCCAGCCCAAUCACUACAGCUCGGAAGACAAUAAAGGACUUUAUUCUUGA